UCACUGUGUGUGACUGACGUUUUUGAUUCAUCAUCCAACAACCACAUGAGCAGCAUGGAUAUAUAAGCUGGAGCACACCUGUUCCACAGUAACGACUUCAGACCUCCGCCAACUGACCUCCGCCUGUCACCAAAGUCCAGGUACAGUUGUUCUAUAACAUUAAAGCGUCCUUCCUUGAGACGGUGGUUGAAAGGCUACUUUACUGACCAGCGUCCCUCCGACAUCUCUCGUGCCUUGAGCGAGUCCCCAGCAUGCUGCCCGGGAGAGCGGCUGAUGUCCGGCACCGCGUCCUGACGAGCCGCUGUCUGCCUGCAGCUCUGGCUCUCCUCCUCCUCCUCUCUCCCAGCUCCAGCAGCGCUCACAGCACCACGGUGAAGCACGACUUCCACAUUGUUCACAAUGUCGACAACAGAAGUCCUGAGAUAGACCCCUUCUGGUACGUGGGGCGCGGGGUGAGACCCAUCGGGCGCUUCGGGAAGAGGGACAGCAGCGUGGAGGCUCUGGGCAGCGGAGGGAUGCAGCCUGUCCUCAGGACGUUAGGGCUCCUGCUCAGCAGCCUCAGAAACAAGGAGAACCUUGGGAAAAUGCUGGAUGGGGAAGACAGGGAUUGGUACCGUGACAGCGAGUCCUCCUCCAUUCAUCUACAAACUUAGUGUCUUGUUUUUUUUUGUUUUUUUUUUAUCUUGAUUGAGGUUAUGUACUGUUUUGCUCUAGUUCUUAACUGUAUUUCUCUGUUGUGUCUGCUAUGAGGCCUUGGUUGACAGGAUCCCUGAUAUCUGUACAGAGAAAUGCGUUCUAUAUUGAUUAAUAAACCAGAAUGUUGAGAUUA